AGACAAAACACAAUCAGCUUUCAAUAAUUAUUCUGAAGCCAGAGCACAAUAAUCAUAAAAUUACAUCAUCGACAUCGUCAUCGACCAUUUUAAAUAGCCAUUUGGAUUGGAUAUUUUCAUCGACUUAUCCAGUGCCCCAGGCCCAGUCCCCGUAGUGAUUUCAUCUUUAUGGGUUCUAUGUUAGUUUUUGUGUUGUUGAUUCAUUCAGGUCGUAGUGCUAUUCUUCAUGCUGAAGUUGUAAUCGAUUGACGAUUGACUUGAUUUCUUCAAUAGUUUCUACCUACUUUUCCGUGCGCGGUUUUAUGCGAUUUAUUGUUCGUUUAAAAUUUUUCAAAUGCCCAGUGAAGAAGUGUUAUUUUUCUGGACCGGUUUAAGUAUCAUAGGCCUUUGUGUAUUAGUUUUUAUUAUAUACGCAUUGUUCUGUACAAUAUGAAUAUGAAAUUGCUUUUUUUAUUUUUGACAGGGGUGUACUACGUGCAUUGUAUCGAUGUGCAUUGCGUCAAUGAUGAUCCCUUCAGAACUUUCCGUUGCCCUGAUGGAACCUACAUCAGCGAUCGAUUAGUAUGCGAUGGAAACGAAGAUUGCUCCGAAGGAUAUGAUGAAAAAUUUGCUGGAUGUAACCGGAAUCAGAAAGAUAUGUGGACUCACAAACGUCAUCGAGUAAGAGGUUUUUGGGGAAAAUGUGAAGAUUCAAAGCCUCGUAACACUGGGUACGAAGUUAAUAACAUAGAAGAGUGUUCAUCGGACAAAGGAAAAUUUCUAUGUCACGAUAACUCAAGAUGCCUCGAUCAAAUUAACAAAUGCGAUGGUUUUUGUAACUGUUUCGACUGUUCUGAUGAAGACAACAAUUGCUUAAAUUCAGACGAAGAUUUAGCAGAUACAGAAAAUAGUUUUAAUGCAUCUGAUUCGGCAGUGACCCAGCUGUUUUAUUCGAUCGAAAAAAGAGCCAUCAAAACGAUGCAUAUUUCCACCAAUGAAGAAUUCAUAAUAAAAGAAAUAGCCGAUGACUGUACAGCGUUGACUGCAGCUGGGGAUUAUGUCUAUUACGCUACUGAUGAAAGUACAUAUAUGGGACACGUUUUUUGACAUCGGCGGCCACGAAUUCGACGACUACCACGAAUGCGAUGACGCUAUCAGGACACGUAAAUAUAUUUCCAGAUUUUCGCUAAUUUCGCAUGAAACGUUCAAAAUCAUAAAAUCAGACGACGAAAUAACUUCCAUCUCCAUCGAUUAUAUCACAAAUAAUGUUUACUUCACGACAUCGUCAUCUUUAUCGGUUUGUUCAAAUUGCGGUAGACUUUGUCAGCAAUUGAAAUCUCAUGACUCGAUAAAUUCGGUUCGUUUAGCUCCAAGAUCGGGGUUGAUGUUUUGGAUUUCUUCUCAACAAGUAGGAGAAUCUUACGACCACUACUUGAUGAAAUCUUCGAUGGACGGAUCGAAUGAAAAACGUUUAAUCCGUUCUUAUGGUGAAAGCUUGGAACUGAUCAGUGUUGACGAGUUGAAUGAAAAAUUAUACUUUUACUGCAAAGGCAGCCAACAAAUUAAAACUGCAACUUUUGACGGAGAUGAACAAGAGGUUUACUGGUCAUUUUAUUCACCCAUUCAUGCGGCCACAAUUUUCAAAGAAGAUAUUUUCUUCAUAAAUGAACAACAGAGAAAAAUUUCAAGAAUCGAAAACACAACUAGAACUUCAACAAUAAAGUCGAACGAUGCUAUAAAUAAAUUAGUCGUGUAUAACCCACUCCUAUAUCGUACUAAGGUCCGAAAUCCUUGCAUGUUAUCAUGCACUGGAUUAUGUUUAACUCGGCCUUCUUCGUCCAGAGGUAUCUUGAAUCAUACGUGUUUGAACCAUACAAAUUAUGAAGAAAUUUCAAUGGAAAAGCGUGAAGAAACUGCAACCAUACUAGGGUUGAUACUCAUCGUUCUAUACGCUAUUUUUAUCUUUGUUAUAUUUAUAGUUAAAUAUUUCAAACGAAGGUAUCGUUCAAUCGACCUCGUAAUCGACCAUAAGAGUACUAAAAUGUAAGUGAAUUUUAAUUGAACUUUUCGAAUAUUAAAAUUAUACCUAUUUGUAUUUGAGAGAGGAGGCAAAACCCUAUUUUGGAGACCUUGAUCCGACAGAGAAAUGCAUAGCAAAGGAGUUCGUGCAACCUGGUUUUUAUUCAUUGUACAGGACAUUAUCGUUGGACUAUUUUCAGUACAAAAAGUAACUCAAGUUGUACAUUCAAAGAAUUUUUUAUUAAUUUUUAAGCGUUUUGUUGUGUAACUCUAAGAUACUAUAUCUCAACCGCUCCUCUCCUACGUCUGAAAAUUAUUCAUGGCAGUAGACCUACAGUCAUUAAGAUUUUUUCCUUACGUUUUUAAAAAUUUUAAGCAAACAUGUUUUUAGCUUAGAAAUUCGUUGUAAUAGUUUCGACUAAUUUCUAAUAAAAUAAAAUUAUAUUUUUUAAUUUUGUC